GAGCAACAAUGCAGCUAUGACACCAUCAGCAACUGCCGAGAAAACGCAAUCGUGGGGUCGAUGUCGUGAUCACACGGUACACCAAAACCACCAACCAUCAAGUCAACAAUAAGCACCCUGCACCGUGCACAUCGCUCGACGUCAAAUGAUAUUAGUAUUUGUCUGAAACUUAUUCUCAAUACUAGUUUCCCAACAUGGCUGUGAUCGGACCAUGUCUGUGGGGUCGUGGCCCGCAUCGUUGACUCGUGUCGUCUCGUGAUAUGGUGUUAUAAAAGCUGGCCCUUUCGCUAGGAAAAAUGAGUGUGAGUGUGUGCGGGCUGCUCUUGCUUUUGUCGUGACUUCUGGGACUUCGCAGUAUGGGCUCAACCAAGGAUAUUGAGACGAAUGUUUCGUCGCCUCCUUUGUCGUCUACGGGAUCGUCGGAUCGUGAUGAUAGCUAUGAGGUUUAUCAACAAACUCGUCAAUUGGAAUAUACCCCGGAAGAGGCUAAAAAGGUCCUGCGGAAAAUUGACUUCAGAUUGAUGCCGCUUUUGUUUCUUAUAUACUUAUUGCAGUAUCUCGACAAGAACAGUCUCAAUUUCUCGUCGGUCUACGGCUUGAAGGAAGGCACGAACUUGAAAGGCCAGGACUAUUCAUGGCUGGGCUCUAUCUUUUAUUUCGGUUAUCUGGUCGCGCAGUGGCCGGCUGGAUUAGCGCUUCAAAAGCUUCCCAUUGGAAAAUUUCUAAGUGUAACUACUAUUAUCUGGGGAGGCCUGUUGAUGACAACGCCGGCUUGUUACAACUUCGCCGGGAUAGCAACCAACCGCUUUCUCCUUGGAGUCACCGAAGCCGUUGUGAACCCUGGAUUCGUCUUGAUGAUGAGCAUCUGGUAUACCUCAAGCGAGCAGCCUCUCCGUCUCGAAACCUAUUACUGCACCAAUGGCAUUGCCACCAUGUUCGGAGGCCUCCUUGGCUACGCAAUCGGACACAUAACAGGCGGUCUGCCACGCUGGAUGUAUGUGUUCUUGAUCUUUGGUGCAGUAUCACUCGCCAUUGGAAUCGUAGCCCUCCUCUUCCUCCCCGAUCUCCCAUCGACAGCCAAAUUCCUCACCGAGCGCGAGAAAGCGAUUGCGAUCGACCGUGUCGCGAUCAACCAACAGGGGGUAAAGAACCACCACUUCAAAUGGUACCAAGUGCGGCAGGCAGCCCAAGAUCCUAAGACGUGGUUAUUAUUCAUCAUGGCUAUUGGGGCUCAAGUUCCAAACUCUGCCUUGACGAGUUUCACAUCCAUCAUCGUCAAAUCCUUCGGCUUCGACACCCUCGGAACCCAAUACCUGCAAAUCCCCGGCGGAGCGGUCCAAUUCCUCACGCUGCUCUUCGGCGGCAUGAUCGCGACGAAAUAUAGCGGCAAAUUCCACUCGCGAAGUGCGUGCAUGAUCUUCGCCAAUCUGGUCUGCAUCAUCGGGUCGUCGCUGCUAGUCGGUCUGCCGGACUCGAAUAAAUGGGGCCGACUGGUUGCACUCUGGCUGUGCUAUUUCCAGGGACUGGGGUUCAGUAUGAGUCUGACGAUCGUGAGCUCCAAUAUCGCGGGGUCGACGAAGAAACAGGUGACUGGGGCGUUGUUGUUCACGGGGUAUUGUGUGGGAAAUAUCAUCGGGCCGCAGACAUUCAAGGAUAGUGAGGCACCGGGGUAUCAUAGUGCUUAUAUUGCCAUGUUGGUUGGGUAUGCCGUGAAGCUGGUUUCAAUCACUGCUCUGUACCUGUAUAUGUAUUUUGAGAAUAAACGGAGGGAUCGGGAAGCCCUUGGUUCAAGCGGCGAGGAGAGUGACGGUGUUGAGAAGGGCAUGUUGGAUCAAACGGAGAUUGACAACAAGACGUUCAGAUACGUGCUUUAGACUAAUGAAUAUUUAAAUGUUGAAUCCAAAAAUAGAAAUUUUAUACCUACGCUGAUGCGCUGCCUCGAGCACCAUGAAAAGCAUAACUGCACUAACAUUACGGCCCCCAAGUCGUGCUGACGCGUCAGGAUGCAUGAUCAGUCUCUACACUCUAUCAUCCCAUCUAAACCAAGGAUAUAAAACCACAGUACAGUCCCAACUACAAUCCAGUUCUAUAACCAUCUCGCCCACCAUGACUCUCCAGGAAAAACUAAUC